AAACAUGGCGCACCGCAGCAGCGGAGGAGCAGGCUGUUCAAGAAGACUGUAAAGUCUAUACUUGACUGAUUUUGAUAAACCAGACCAGUCUAUUAUUUCGUCUGCAGGGACCAGGAACAGAUUCGACGCUUUGUGAGCAAUAAAAAGUAAAUGUUCAAUGUUUGUUAGAGCCAGACAGUAGACAUAUUUGCUAUCAAAGCCAGACAACAAUCACAAUGCACCUAGAAGCGGCACUGUGGUGUAGCCUACUCGUUACAUUGUUGGAAGCUCGUCAUGUAGCAAAAUGUUGCAGUAUGGGAUUUGUACAUUGCAGAGCCAUUGUUGACACAUAGAAGUUAGAUAAUCAUUCAGUGACCAGUUGUCAUAAUGUGAAGACAGGAGUUUACACCAAGGAUUUAGAACGACAGGAUAACGAAAUUGCCUGACCACGACGUUUUAUGGUAAUCUGGUAUAGACCUCAAUGGUAUAAGUAGAACCGACAGGUGUUAAAAAAAAAAAUCCAUGCGUGUCCAUAACGUGGGUUUUUGCUUUGAUUAACUAACCUCUCAUAACUUUUAUUGCAUGGUUCUGCAUAACUCAGUUCCCUCCAAAAAUUGUGCAAACUUUAAUGUGGCCAUGCUUUACUUAUCAUAAGCGUUACAGCAGUGAGCGACUUUCCUGACAUCCUAUGCUCUCCUAGGCUGUCAUCAUGAGCAACAGAAGGAAGCGUGCCCCACCGGUGAGGGUAGAUGAGGAGGCCAAGAAGAAGCUGAACUGGAACAUGCACGAGGACCGCAGGAAUGAGACUCUACUCCAAGAAGAGGAAGACCAGAUUCCAACCAGCUCUUUUCUGUCCACCGGCCACCACAUCCCAACUGCUUCCCUUCUCUUCACCAGCGACCAGAUUUCAACCAGUACCCUUCUUUCAACCACCCAGCAGAUCCCAACUGGUUCUCUUCUCUCAAGCGUCCAGGAGGACUGUGAGGCAAGCUGCUCCAGCUCAGGAGCUCUGUUGUCAGACCUAGGACUAGGAGAGGACCCCCAGCUCCCUGCUUCAUCCUCCACAGACACUUCAUCCUCCACCUUCCUCUCCCUCACUGUGCUGCCUCUUUCUGACCUGGCUCACGUCUGGAAGUCUCUGAUCGGGGAGUUCAGCCUCCGUCCUCCCCCUCUGUGGGUUAAUCCCCCAGGCUGUGACCAGAGGGCCUUCACCCUCCGUAGGACAGGAGAUCAGUUGUGCCUCAGUUUGACCAGCAUCAGCGACGAGAGUAGUACUAGUACAGGAGGACUGGAGCUGAGGCCUCUGGAUAAGACCUGCCCAGUGGAGUGUUUCCUGGCUGGAGGGAUACUAUUGGAGGAGCUGGACUGGCUGCAGAAGAGAAGAGUUGUGCAGCUGUGUCAUCAGCCAGGAGAGGAGGAUAUUAAGGUGUGCAGUUUCACUUCACUGUGAUCAUUUAGAGAGUAGUGUCAAUGUUGUAUUAUUCUUUUUGUUCUUCACAAGUGCUUCAAUUAAAUGUGUAGUUUAUUCAGCAUGGUGGCUGAUGUAGUCACCCAUCAAUUGUGUUUGGCUGUUAGGGUUAUGAAUAUGGAAUGAGUUAUUAUAUUGCCUUUUAUUUUGCUGUUUAUAUUUUUCUGAAGAAGUGCAGUCUAAAGUGGUGUUUUUUUCUCCUGUGUUUGUUGGCUUUUUUUUGGCAGGUGGGGAUAUAUGUACUGGAAUCGGGAUUGGGAAAGCCUGAAUUCCUCAGUGAGGGAAACGGACGGCUCAGAAAAGCAAAUCAACUGAUGCAGAAGUUAAUGGAGUUUUACUAUGACUUUAUCAUCCCUGGUAAGUAACUUGUAUCUCUCUUCUUCCUCCUCCUCCUCCUCCUCCUCUCCUCCUGGGUCGUUCCACCAAUUCAGUGCCUUUCGAGAAGUGCAACUUGGUCAGAUAUCUUUUUUAUUUCAACUAAUUUGAACAUUCUGUUCUAAAUAGCACAUGUUCAACUUAAAAAACAAACAAGUGUUCCCAUCUCAAAAAAAAUACUAUAGUAAAUGUCUAUUAAGUGCCAAAUAAAGUAACAGGGUUGACCGUAACGGGGUUGAUAAUUUCAUCUAAAUCCGCCAGAAAUCCCCUUGUGACAGGGGGAAUGGAAGCUUGUUGUGUGCAACAGGGAGUGGCAAUUUAAUGCAAGUUUCACAAUUUUAAAUAAAAAACAUUUCUUGCCUGUCUAUCUAUGGGUAACAGGGUUGAUUUGUUAUGCUCGACCAGCUCCGUUUUCCACCACCAAACACCAGAAAAAAAAGAGUAGAACCAGCUCACCUGCUUUUAAACUAUGAUUUGACUAUUAAAAUAUUUAACAAGGAAUUGUUUCACCAUAUUAAAUUGAGAGUUCAGUUCACGUGACAGGGCUGACCUUUAAAUGAGGGAUAGAUGUAAAUGAAUGACUAAUCACAUGAAAUAAAUCAUCUUCAGAAAUGACUUUGUCAAAGCAACAAAAUAACUAGGGCUUUACAAUGACGGUGAAAACUUGGAUGCAUUUUGGGGUUAAGUGGGUUAAAAUCUUCCUUGAAGUCAUAGAGGGUGCAUGGAGGGAUCGUAUAAAAAUGCUGGAUUUUGGCGGCAGGUAGCCUAGCGGUUAAGAGCGUUGGGCCAGUAACCAAAAGGUCGAAUCCCAGAGGCGACUAGGUGAAAAAUCUGUCUGUGCCCUUGAGCAAGGUACUUAACCCUAAUUGCUCCUGUAAGUCGCUCUGGAUAAGAGCGUCUGCUAAAUGACUAAAAUGUUUUUUUUUUUUUUAUUGCACUUUGGUAAGUCUUUAUUCACAAUAAAAAUCUGAUUUAUUGAAUUCUCCAUGUGGUCUAUAUUAAAGGGCACUUCAUUUAAUAUAACAGGCUUUUAAAAUUCAAUAUUGUUGCACAAUAUCUACUUAAUAUAUCAAAUGGAUGCAAAACGUACUGAUUUGGUGGAACAACCCUCCUUACUUCUCCUCCUCCUCCAUUGACCCUGUGUACCAUUUCUCUGUUCCCAUGUUAGAAGUGGUGGAGACCGAGGAGGAGGAGUGUGACACUGACUUGGAGAGGCAGAAUGUGGAGGAGCUGUAUGAUUACGUCAGACACCUCCACCAGAGAGAGAACCAGGACGUGAACAUAGAUGUACAGCACAAGGCUCUUAUCCCGGUCCUCAGACCCUACCAGAGUCAGGCUGUUAACUGGAUGCUGAGGAGAGAGAAGUACAGGAGCAGUAGCUCUUCUCAAGGUAUACAUUCUCCAAGCUGGCAAAAUUGGUUGAAAUGAAUACAUUUUGCCUGCCAGGUUGUAUGUUAUGGAACUAAUUCCAAAUGGGAAAGUGUGUUUUAUUUUGAUUAUACUGGACAACAAUAAUAAUAUGUCAUUUCGCCUUCCCAGAACAAUCUCUAAAUUUCCUAUGGAGGGAGCUUGUCACGUUGUGUGGGAAGAAGCUAUUCUACAACCCAUAUACAGGCUGGUAAGACCUUAUCUACAAAUAUCUUCAUUAUCAGACACUGGCAGAUAACAUAAAUCAUAAACAUAAAGAAAUAGAAUAAAUCAGCAUCUGAACUGUAGUUAUUACAUUGUUAUUACAUGGAUAUCACAUUUUAUUACAUUAUAAUAAUAAUAAUAAUAAUAAUAAUAUGCCAUUUAGCAGACGCUUUUAUCCAAAGCGACUUACAGUCAUGCGUGCAUACAUUUUUUGUGUAUGGGUGGUCCCGGAGAUCGAACCCACUACCUUGGCAUUACAAGCGCCGUGCUCUACCAGCUGAGCUACAGAGGACCACAUUAUUACAGUUUAUCUUGGCAAUGUCAUGACCCUAUCUCCCUGCUGCAGCCUGGUAGUAGUUAUUACAGUGUUAUUACUGUUUUUACGUACCAAUAACAGACCGUUUCUUGUCUAUUGCUCUAAUUACCCCAUCUCCCUCCUCCCUGCAGCCUGAUUCUGGAGUUCCCCCUGGCUGGGUUGGAGUGGCCUGGGGGGAUCCUGGCUGAUGAAAUGGGGCUGGGGAAGACUGUGGAGGUCCUGGCUCUUAUACUGAACAAUAGCAGACAGGGCCUGAAGCAGGAGGCCCUCACCCUGCCUCUGGUGAGAACCAUGGGACUCAGGGGCAUCAAAUGGCACUUUGACUUUCUCUCCUGUCUUUAUCAGAGAUGGGAUGAUUCUUUUUCUGUAUUCUGUGGCAAAGAUACUCCCAUUGGUUGAUGAACUCAUAGGGUUGUCUCUCUUGUGAUUUUCAGGGAAAGUCAGUGAAUUAUUUUGUCCCACCUCCACCACCAGAAGAAGAGGAAAAUAUAAUUCACUGCAAGUCAGAGGCUCAACCGAAAGUGAAAAUAUCCUACCCAAGUAAGUCACUGUUGUUGGCUACAUCCUUUCAAAUGAGCAUUUUGAUGUUUUUUACAACUUGUUGUGUGUUAUCUCUGUGCAGCUGUGCGUGUGAUGCUGCUUACAGCAAUAAAAGAGAUGAGGGUUGGUAAAGGAGCGUCGGUCAACGCCAUCUUUGCGUACAUUCGCACCACAUACCGGUACGACCUCUUGAAGAACCGUAACCACAUCAAGAGGGCCCUGGGCAAGCUGCUGGAUGAGGAACUAGUAGAGAGGGUCAAAGGUCGCGGUCUGGCCGGAUCCUUUAAACUGGGGAAGAAAUACAAGGAAACCAAGAAGAAGACCACCACGGCCAAGUCUGUACGUAUUGGAGUCCUUGCAGAAAUACAUAUAGUCUUCUCAGUUACGCUAUCUUCCAUAAGAUAUAGAGAGUUCGAUAAAGUUAUAAUUGUGAAAUACCCUCACUUUGUAAGCAUCACAAUUGUUUUUCUGUUCUUCUAAUGGCAUGCAUUGCAUUCAGAUUACUGCUGUUAAACCCAGCUUUUCAUUGAUGGUCUUUGAUUGUAUUUGGUUUGGUUUUGCAGCAGAGUCCCUCCAGAGACAGUGGGCCCAGGAGAACUUCCCUAAGGCGAGCAGGGAAGAAGAGGAAGACCUCUUAUAAAGACCCUGAUACCCCAGACCUCUCUCCUUCAGAGGAUAUUAGCCAGAGCUGCCUGUCUCCUGACCGUCCUGCUACUGUAGAGGACAGUAAAGAGGAACCGCAGGAGGGACGUCUUGAGAAAGGAAAACGCAGCGACACGCUAAGCGCCUCACAGGAUCUGUCAGCUGUUGCGAAGGCAGACCGCCCUGAGGAGGAUGACAAAGAGACACUCCACAACUCCCAGGACAGGAGGGAGUCCGAGGAACAGGAGACGGUGAGAGGGGAUAAAGGGGAAGAUGUCCCUGAAGAGAGUAAGCAGCAACCAGGUCCACCUGCCACUCCUGAGAUGCCGCCCGCCACCCGGGUGUCGUUCACCCCCUUCAACACCCCAGACUACCGCUUUGAGUGUAUCUGUGGCGAACUGGGUCUCAUCGACUACAAGGCCCGGGUGCAGUGUCUCAACUGCCAGCUGUGGCAGCAUGCAGAGUGUGUGAACUACAAGGAGGAAAGCCUAGACACCACACCGUUCUACUGUCCUCACUGCCUGGUGGCCAUGACACCUGUCCCUACAGGAGCAACUCUCAUCAUAUCCCCCUCCUCCAUCUGUCAUCAGUGGGUUGAGGAGAUCAACAAACACAUCAGCUCCUCAUCACUACGAGUACUGGUAAGGACCUUUAUAAAUCUGUGCUAAACAGUUAUAUUACAGUUGAACUUUUAUAAAUAGUUUGGAAUCUUAAUUGUUAGUUUAUACUCGUUUAUAAAUCUGUAAUAAACUGUUAUAUACCUAGAUGUAAAGUGCUGCCAACACUGUUUGUAGUAGCUGACAUUGACAUGAGUUGGUCCACCCAUCCAUUCAUCCUUCCAUCCUCCCUCUAUCCCUCCCACCAUCCCCAGGUGUACCAGGGGGUGAAGAAGCAUGGUUUCAUCCAGCCUCACAUGCUGGCUGAGCAGGACGUGGUCAUCACCACCUAUGACGUGCUGCGAUCGGAGCUCAACUACGUAGACAUCCCCCACAGCAACAGUAAGGACGGCCGGCGCUUUCGCAACCAGAAGCGCUACAUGGCUGUUCCCAGUCCCCUAGUGGCCGUGGAGUGGUGGCGCAUCUGUCUGGACGAGGCCCAGAUGGUGGAAUGCACCACUGCCAAGGUGAGAUGCCUGGAAAGAGAAGAAUAAUUAUGGGCGGGGUUAGCCUCGAGGUUAGAGAGAGGGGUCAGAAACUGGAGUGCUCUUGUAAUUCAGAUGCCAUAAAUGUAAUAGCAACAAGCAAGAUUGUAGCAACCCCCGAACUACCUCUGAACUCUCCUAUUGCUGUUUACCGGACCUUAUGAUAACUCAGCUAUACAGCUGAUGCCUGCUGGACUGUUCCUUUAUACGGUACCGCAUCCUGUUUAUGUUUAUCCUCAGCCCAAACUUUGUCGCCAUUACCAGCUGUUGUCUUAGUUCUCUCGAAUAACACCUGUGAUUGCUUUAUGCCUAUCUCCCAUGUCAAUAUGCCUUGUUUUAUUGCUUCGGUUAUUUGUUAUUGUACUAUUUCACUGUAGAUCCCCCAGCCCAGCUCAACCUGCCUUAGAUAGCUCCUUUGUCCCACCCCCCAUACACGCAGAGACCGACUCAAUCGGUGCCUCCAGUGAUGCUAUCUCUUUCAUCGUUACCCAACGCUUAGGUUUACCUCCACUGUACUCAUAUCCUUCCAUAUCCUUGUCUGUACAUAAUGCCCUGAAUCUAUUCUACAACGCAUGGAAAUCCGCCCCUUUUUCUCUCUGUACCCAACGCACUAGAAGACCAGUACUUAAAGCCUUUAGCCGUGUCCUUAUUCUAGUCCUCCUCUGUUCCUCUGGUGAUGUAGAGGUUAACCCAGGCCCUGUAGCCCCCAGUAUCACUCCUACUCCCCAGGCGUUAUCAUUUGUUGACUUAUGUAACCGUAAAAGCCUUGGCUUCUUGCGCGUUAACAUCCGAAGCCUCCUCCCUAAGUUUGAGUUAUUCACUGCGUUAGCACACUUCGCCAACCCUGAUGUUCUAGCAGUGUCUGAAUCCUGGCUUAGGAAGGCCACUAAAAAUUCAGAAAUGUCCAUCCCCAACUACAACAUUUUCCGUCUCGAUAGAACUGCCAAAGGGGGUGGGAUUGCAAUCUACUGUAGAGAUAGCCUGCAGAGCUCUAUCGUACUAUCCAGGUCUGUGCCCAAACAGUUUGAUCUUCUACUUCUAAAAAUCCACCUUUCCAGAAACAAGUCUCUCACUGUUGCCACUUGCUACAGACCCCCCUCAGCCCCGAGCUGUGCCCUGGACACCAUAUGUGAACUGAGCGCCCCCCAUCUAUCCUCAGAGUUCGUACUGCUUGGUGACCUGAACUGGGAUAUGCUUAACACCCGGGCCAACCUACAAUCUAAACUAGAUGCCCUCAAUCUCACACAAAUUAUCAACAAACCUACCAGGUACAACCCUAAAUCUGUAAACAUGGGCACCCUCAUAGAUAUCAUCCUGACAAAUUACCCUCUAAAUACACUUCCGCUGUCUUCAACCAGGAUCUCAGCGAUCACUGCCUUAUUGCCUGCGUCCGUAAUGGGUCCGCCGUCAAACGACCACCCCUCAUCACUAUCAAACGCUCCCUAAAACACUUUAGCGAGCAGGCCUUUCUAAUUGACCUGGCCCGGGUAUCCUGGAUGGAUAUUGACCUCAUUCCGUCAGUAGAGGAUGCCUGGUUGUUCUUUAAAAGUGCUUUCCUCUCAAUCUUAAAUAAGCAUGCCCCAUUCACUUUUUAGGGAAGUCAGGAACCAAUAACACAACAGUUAGGAAAGCAAAGGCUAGCUUUUCCAAACGAAAAUUUGCAUCCUGUAAGCACUAACUCCAAAAAGUUUGGGACAACUGUAAACGUCCAUGGUAAAAUAAGAGCCACCUCCUCCCAACCUGCCCACUGGCACUUAGGCUAGGAAACACUGUCACCCACAGAUAAAUCUACAAUAAUCGAGAAUUUCAACAAGCAUUUUGCUACGGCUGGCAUGCUUUCUACCUGGCUACCACCACCCUUGGCCACCAGCUCUGCACCUCCGCUGCAACUUUGCCCAUGCCCCCCCGCUUCUCCUUCACAGCAAAAAAUUCAGAUAGCUGAUGUUCUGAAAGAGCUUAAAAAUCUGGACCCCUACAAACAGCUGGGCUAAACAAUCUGGACCCCUUUCUUUCUAAAAUUAGCCGCCGAAAUUGUCCGCAACCCCUAUUACUAGCCUGUUCAACCUCUCUUUCGUAACGUCUGAGAUCCCCAGAGAUUGGAAAGCUGCUGCGGUCAUCCCCCUCUUCAAAGGGAGUGACACUCUAGAUCCAAACUGUUACAGACCUACAGUGGGGAGAACAAGUAUUUGAUACACUGCCGAUUUAGCAGAUUUUCCUACUUACAAAGCAUGUAGAGGUCUGUAAUUGUUAUCAUAGGUACACUUCAACUGUGAGAGACGGAAUCUAAAACAAAAAUCCAGAAAAUCACAUUGUAUGAUUUUUAAGUAAUUAAUUUGCAUUUUAUUGCAUGACAUAAGUAUUUGAUACAUCAGAAAAGCAGAAUUUAAUAUUUGGUACAGAAACCUUUGUUUGCAAUUACAGAGAUCAUACAUUUCCUGUAGGUCUUGACCAGGUUUGCACACACUGCAGCAGGGAUUUUGGCCCACUCCUCCAUACAGACCUUCUCCAGAUCCUUCAGGUUUCGGGGCUGUCGCUGGGCAAUACAGACUUUCAGCUCCCUCCAAAGAUUUUCUAUUGGGUUCAGGUCUGGAGACUAGCUAGGCCACUCCAGGACCUUGAGAUGCUUCUUACGGAGCCACUCCUUAGUUGCCCUGGCUGUGUGUUUCGGGUCGUUGUCAUGCUGGAAGACCCAGCCACGACCCAUCUUCAAUGCUCUUACUGAGGGAAGGUUGUUGGCCAAGAUUGCGCGAUACACCUCCAUGCUUCAUGGUUGGGAUGGUGUUCUUGGAGUUGUACUCAUCCUUCUUCUUCCUCCAAACACGGCGAGUGGAGUUUAGACCAAAAAGCUCUAUUUUUGUCUCAUCAGACCACAUGACCUUCUCCCAUUCCUCCUCUGGAUCAUCCAGAUGGUCAUUGGCAAACUUCAGACGGGCCUGGACAUGCGCUGGCUUGAGCAGGGGGACCUUGCGUGCGCUGCAGGAUUUUAAUCCAUGACGGCGUAGUGUGUUACUAAUGGUUUUCUUUGAGACUGUGGUCCCAGCUCUCUUCAGGUCAUUGACCAGGUCCUGCCGUGUAGUUCUGGGCUGAUCCCUCACCUUCCUCAUGAUCAUUGAUGCCCCACGAGGUGAGAUCUUGCAUGGAGCCCCCAGACCGAGGGUGAUUGACCGUCAUCUUGAACUUCUUCCAUUUUCUAAUAAUUGCGCCAACAGUUGUUGCCUUCUCACCAAGCUGCUUGCCUAUUGUCCUGUAGCCCAUCCCAGCCUUGUGCAGGUCUACAAUUGUAUCCCUGAUGUCCUUACACAGCUCUCUGGUCUUGGCCAUUGUGGAGAGGUUGGAGUCUGUUUGAUUGAGUGUGUGGACAGGUGUCUUUUAUACAGGUAAUGAGUGGAGAACAGGAGGGCUUCUUAAAGAAAAACUAACAGGUCUGUGAGAGCCGGAAUUCUUACUGGUUGGUAGGUGAUCAAAUACUUAUGUCAUGCAAUAAAAUGCAAAUUAAUUACUUAAAAAUCAUACAAUGUGAUUUUCUGGAUUUUUGUUUUAGAUUCCGUCUCUCACAGUUGAAGUGUACCUAUGAUAAAAAAUUACAGACCUCUACAUGCUUUGUAAGUAGGAAAACCUGCAAAAUCAGCAGUGUAUCAAAUACUUGUUCUCCCCACUGUAUAUCCAUCCUGCCCUGCCUUUCGAAAGUAUUUGAAAGCCAAGUUAACAAACAGAUCACCGACCAUUUCGAAUCCCACCGUACCUUCUCCGCUAUGCAAUCCGGUUUCCGAGCUGGUCAUGGGUGCACCUCAGCCACGCUCAAGGUCCUAAACGAUAUUAUAACUGCGAUCGAUAAAAGACAGUACUGCGCAUCGGUCUUCAUCGACCUGGCCAAGGCUUUCGACUCUGUCAACCACUGCAUUCUUAUUAGAAGACUAAAUAGCCUUGGUUUCUCUAAUGACUGCCUCGCCUGGUUCACCAACUACCUCUCAGAUAGAGUUCAAUGUGUCAAAUCGGAGGGCCUGUUGUCUGGACCUGUAGCCGUCUCUAUGGGGGUGCCACAGGGUUCAAAUCUUGGGCCGACUCUAUUCUCUGUGUAUAUCAAUGAUGUCGCUCUUGCUGCUGGUGACGCUCGGAUCCACCUCUAUGCAGACAACACCAUUUUGUAUACAUCUGGCCCUUCAUUGGACACUGUGUUAACAAACCUCCAGACGAGCUUCAACGCCAUACAACACUCCUUCCGUAGCCUCCAACUGCUCUUAAACACUAGUAAAACUAAAUGCAUGCUCUUCAACCGAACGCUGCUUGCACCCGCCCACCCGACUAGAAUCACUACUCUCGGCGGGUCUGACCUAGAGUAUGUGGACAACUACAAAUACCUAGGUAUCUGUUUAGACUGUAAACUCUCCUUCCAGACUCACAUUAAGCAUCUCCAAUCCAAAGUUAGAUCUAGAAUCGGCUUCCUAUUUCGCAACAAAGCCUCCUUCACUCAUACUGCCAAACAUGCCCUCGUAAAACGGACUAUCCUACCGAUCCUUGACUUCGGCGAUGUCAUUUACAAAAUAGCCUCCAACACUCUACUCAGCAAAUUGGAUGUAGUCUAUCACUGUGCCAUCCGUUUUGUCACCAAAGCCCCAUAUACUACCCACCAUUGUGACCUGUACGCUCUUGCUGGCUGGCCCUCACUACAUUUUCGUCGCCAAACCCACUGGCUCCAGGUCAUCUAUAAAUCACUGCUAGGCAAAUCCCUGUCUUAUCUUAGCUCACUGGUCACCAUAGCAACACCCACCCGUAGUCUGCGCUCCAGCAGGUAUAUCUCACUGGUCCUCCCCAAAGCCAACACCUCCUUUGGUCGCCAUUCCUUCCAGUUCUCUGCUGCCAAUGACUGUAACGAACUGCAAAAAUCUCUGAAGCUGGAGACUCUUAUCUCCCUCACUAACUUUAAGCGUCAGUUGUCAGAGCACCUUACCGAUCACUGCACCUGUACACAGCCAUUCUGUAAUUAGCCCCCCAACUACCUCAUCCCCAUAUUGUUAUUUAUUUUGCUAAUUUGCACCCCAGUAUCUCUAUUUGCAAAUCAUCUUUUGCACAUCUAUCAUUCCAGUGUUAAUACGAAAUUGUAACUUACUACAUUCACACACACUGUAUAUAUAUUUUCUGUUGUAUUUUUGACUUUAUGUUUUGUUUACCCCAUAUGUAACUCUGUGUUGUUGUCACACACACUGUAUAUAUAUUUUCUGUUGUAUUUUUGACUUUAUGUUUUGUUUACCCCAUAUGUAACUCUGUGUUGUUGUUUUUAUCGCACUGCUUUGCUUUAUCUUGGCCAGGUCACAGUUGUAAAUGAGAACUUGUUCUCAACUGGCUUACCUGUUUAAAUAAAGGUGAAAUUAAAAAAAGAUGGUAUUCCUACCAUCUCCCUCAUCAUCACCCUUGUGCUUUUUGCAGCUGUGCUAUUGUUUCCAUCGUUACAGACUGUUCAGUGUUGUUUUUCUUCAUCAGGCUGCAGAAAUGGCUCUGCGUCUCUCGUCAGUCAACCGUUGGUGUGUCAGUGGAACUCCUGUGCAGAGAGGCCUGGAAGGUAAAUUCUAAUUUAUAAUUCAUUGAUACCUACAGUAGUUUUCAAUAGUUAUCAUACCAUGCUUCUCCGGUCUUCACUUGACUGAUCUGUCUCUGUUCUGUCCAGAUCCGUCUUGCCUUGUCCUGUUCCGAACCCUAACCUGACAGAACUCUCUGUUCCUAACAGAUCUGUAUGGUCUGGUUCUGUUCUUGGGGGUCGACCCCUACUGGGUCAAGUACUGGUGGGACCAGCUGCUCUACCGACCCUAUCGCCGCGGAAACACAGAGCCACUCUACAACCUGAUUGGUCAGCUGCUGUGGCGAUCGGCCAAGAAAGAUGUCAUUGAUCAGGUAGUUUGGAUAGUAACAAAUGUUGUAUGAUACAAAUAUCAUCGUAACAUAUCAAGUACCUAGUCUUUAUUGUAAAAGACAAUGUGUUUUCAGUAACUUACCUGGUUUAAUGUGGUAAAGUAAGUGUUGCCCUUUUAGAUUCACUAGUAUCACUUUUCACUGUUUUCCAGAUUCAGAUUCCCCCUCAGACAGAAGAGGUCCACUGGCUGCAGUUCUCUCCAGUGGAGGGUCACUUCUACCACCGGCAGCACGAGGUGUGUUCCCAGGACGCCCUGGUUAAGCUGAGGAAGAUCCAGGACUGGAGCCUGAAGCUGGGCAGCCUGGACAGACGCACGGUCAACACCAUCCUGUACCCCCUGCUCAGACUCCGUCAAGCCUGCUGCCACCCACAGGCUGUCAGGGGAGAGUUCCUGCCCUUCCAGAAGAGGUAAAGGUUUAAAGAAAUACAAAAUCUUCCAGAAGAUGUAGGUAUGAUGAGCUUGACAGAUGAGCCUGACACUGUUGCUGUUCUAGUAGAAAAAGAGAAGAAGUGUAAAUGUUUGGGCUCUGGACUUAAUAGCGUAGUUUCUUUUUUUUGGACCUUACUUUACUGUGUUACAAGGCCCCAUUCACUGUGUAAAGCAGGGUGGGUUGGGGGGGCACUAGAAAGGCUCUUGUCUGGUCAUGCUGUCUUUGGCGACUGAAUUGUUCUUUCUUAUGUAUCAGUUGAUUUGUAAGGAGCCCAAAUUACUAGCUGCUAAUUGGAUGGCCUCACACAUAGAGAUAAAUGGUAUCUAUGGCCGCACGUUUGUUUGUUGGUUGAUAGAUAAAGCCCUACAGUUUGUUUGGGUCGCUGGUGCGGAUUUGUUUUGUUUAGUUCUGUUUGUCAGAUGGUGAGGUCUUACCUACUAUGUGUUUCAGUGGCGCUGUUUGGUUUGUUGGUUAAUAAAGGAAGCCUAAAGUGGGUUUCAGUCUCUGGUGCUGCGGUUUGGUUUUGUUUAGUUUGCGAUGACGUUAGUGACUAAUGAAUCCUAUGAACUAAUGCCCCUAAAACAGCACCAUGACAAUGGAGGAGCUGCUCAAGUCCCUGCAGAAGAAAUGUCGAGUGGAGUGUGAAGAGGUUCACAGGCAAUUGGUGUGCGCCCUCAACGGCCUGGCAGGCAUCCACAUCAUCAGAGGUAGACAACAAAAAUCCUCCUCUCCUCUACCUCUCCAGGGGUUCUGUCUUCUCAUCUCUUUCCCAUGGGAAACUGACCUGGUAGACUGUGACAUCAUUGAUCUGUGAUUGUCCCUAUAGUAAUGAGCAUCCUUUAUCCUAGUGCUAUGUGUAGUAGUAUAUAGCAUGACGCAUGAAACUGCUGGAAACACAUAGAGCAGUGGAGCUUUAAUGGGGGGUGUUGUUGUUGUCGUCGUCAUUGCCACCUGUAGACGAGUUUGGUGAGGCAGUGGAAAUGUACAGAGAAGUCCUGAGGUCUUCAGAGGAACACAAAGGACGACUGAAGACUGAUUCAUUGCAGGUAUACGCUACAAUCACUCAGCCAACAUCUAAAGGCCUGUUUUAGACUAUCAAAACCUAUUCAAUAGCCGAUUUGCAUCCUUUCGGCUCAUAUUAACUCUCUUUUGUAUGUGUCUUCUGGUUUAUGCUGAUUAGCAUGGAAGGAAACCCCUCUGAAGUCCUGAAUGUUUCUAUUUCAUCUUUCUGUUUCUGUGUCUUUAUAAACAGAGGCUUCAUGCCACACACAAUCUAAUGGAGCUGCUCAAUGCAAAGCACCCUGGGAUACCGCCCACUCUGAGAGACGACCGGCUGAAAGAAGAGGUGAAACACCUGCUGAUGAUGGUGUCAUGUGUUUGGUUCCUCCCUGACCCCGAUCUCUGCUUUGUGUUGUUUCUGUGAUGUGGCCAAAGAAAUCUAAAUUAAAAUGUAUUUCACUUUCCUAGGAUUUGGCCUACCUGUGUACUAUCAUGUCUUUCCAUUUGUACAGUGUGGGGAAAAAAGUAUUUUUUGAUCCCCUGCUGAUUUUGUACCUUUGCCCACUGACAAAUAAAUGAUCAGUCUAUAAUUUUAAUGGUAGGUUUAUUUGAACAGUGAGAGACAGAAUAACAACAAAAAAAUCAAGAAAAACGCAUGUCAAAAAUGUUAUAAAUUGAUUUGCAUUUUAAUGAGGGAAAUAAGUAUUUGACCCCCUCUCAAUCAGAAAGAUUUCUGGCUCCCAGGUGUCUUUUAUACAGGUAACAAGCUGAGAUUAGGAGCACUCCCUUUAAGAGUGUGCUCCAAAUCUCAGCUCGUUACCUGUAUAAAAGACACCUGUCCACAGAAUCAAUCAAUCAAUCAGAUUCCAAACUUUCCACAAUGGCCAAGACCAAAGAGCUCUCCAAGGAUGUCAGGGACAAGAUUGUAGACCUACACAAGGCUGGAAUGGUCUACAAGACCAUCGCCAAGCAGCUUGGUGAGAAGGUGACAACAGUUGGUGCGAUUAUUCGCAAAUGGAAGAAACACAAAAGAACUGUCAAUCUCCCUCGGCCUGGGGCUCCAUGCAAGAUCUCACCUCGUGGAGUUGCAAUGAUCAUGAGAACGGUGAGGAAUCAGCCCAGAACUACACAGGAGGAUCUUGUCAAUGAUCUCAAGGCAGCUGGGACCAUAGUCACCAAGAAAACAAUUGGUAACACACUACGCCGUGAAGGACUGAAAUUCUGCAGCGCCCGCAAGGUCCCCCUGCUCAAGAAAACACAUAUACAGGCCCGUCUGAAGUUUGCCAAUGAACAUCUGAAUGAUUCAGAGGAGAACUGGGUGAAAGUGUUGUGGUCAGAUGAGACCAAAAUGGAGCUCUUUGGCAUCAACUCAACUCGCCGUGUUUGGAGGAGGAGGAAUGCUGCAUAUGAUCCCAAGAACACCAUCCCCACCGUCAAAUAUGGAGGUGGAAACAUUAUGCUUUGGGGGUGUUUUUCUGCUAAGGGGACAUGACAACUUCACCGCAUCAAAGGGACGAUGGACGGGGCCAUGUACCGUCAAAUCUUGGGUGAGAACCUCCUUCCCUCAGCCAGGGCAUUGAAAAUGGGUCGUGGAUGGGUAUUCCAGCAUGACAAUGACCCAAAACACACGGCCAAGGCAACAAAGGAGUGGCUCAAGAAGAAGCACAUUAAGGUCCUGGAGUUGGCCUAGCCAGUCUCCAGACCUUAAUCCCAUAGAAAAUCUGUGGAGGGAGCUGAAGGUUCGAGUUGCCAAACGUCAGCCUCAAAACCUUAAUGACUUGGAGAAGAUCUGCAAAGAGAUGUGUGACAAAAUCCCUCCUGAGAUGUGUGUAAACCUGGUGGCCAACUACAAGAAAGGUCUGACCUCUGUGAUUGCCAACAAGGGUUUUGCCACCAAGUACUAAGUCAUGUUUUGCAGAGGGGUCAAAUACUUACUUCCCUCAUUAAAAUGCAAAUAUAUUUAUAACAUUUUUGACAUGCGUUUUUCUGGAUUUUUGUUGUUGUUAUUCUGUCUCUCACUGUUCAAAUAAACCUACCAUUAAAAUUAUAGACUGAUCAUGUCUUUGUCAGUGGGCAAACGUACAAAAUCAGCAGGGGAUCAAAUACUUAAUUCCCUCACUGUAUAUCUGUCCCUCUGUUAUGUGUGUUAUCUAUACAGGCAGAGCAGCUGAGGCAGCACUACAUGACCAAACACAACGCUGAGGUGUCUGAGGCCUACCAGUCUCUACAGCCUGUACUGCAGAACAUCAAGGAGCUCAAACGCAAAGUAAGAGACCUACCCGUGCACAGUGCCACUGAUUGUUUUGACAAAUCAAGGUAGUGCUUGAAGUGGAGGUUGGGAUUUUAACCAGAAGAUUCUUAGUGGUUCUGUACUGGGGAGGGGUCGAAUCUGCUCUUUCCAUUUCCAGCUGUGUCGGUCUCCAGAUUCAAAUCAAAUAGCUAGCUAGUGUACGCAAGAUUUGGUUCUGGGUUCCAAGAUGAAUAGCCCGUUAACCUACACAUUACCCAACUGUUGCAUUAUCCUAUAUGCACAUGUGUCUGUGUCUGUAUUUGCCCCCUGUAUGACUGUCUCCUCCCAUCGCUGUUCUCUAUGCCAGGUCAAUCUGCGAUCACCCUGGUGGCUGGACGUGGUACAGCGGGCCAUACAGCACAACGUCGAUGAUGACCUGGUUUCCCGGAUCCAGAACGAACUGACCUGCAGCUACAAACAGCAGGCCAACAAGCUCUCCAUGGCUGACAAGUAAUAGCUGGUUUUGGAUUUGAAUUGACUAUAUUUAUUUAAAAAAUAAUUGAUAUACAGUGUUAGUUUUGGCAGCUACAGUAUUUUAGAUGUAGUUUUAGUCUUAAAAUACCUUUUAGUCUUAGUCACAUUUUAGUCAUUUCAUCCUUCGUUAGUUUUAGUUAUUAUCAGUCGACUAAAACUCUGGACAAUUUUUAUCUAGUUUUAGUCACAGACAUAGUCUCAUAAUAGUCAGUACAUUUUAUUGUAUUAAAUAAUGAAUAUUUAGGCUACGUCUUAACUUUCAUCAUGGCACAUUCAGAUAGCCUUGUCCAGCUAGGAUGACUAUCCCCUCAUAUUCCUUAGCUGACAACAUUGAUAUUGUGGCAGAUUGUAACCAAUGGAAGAAAGGAAAAACCAGCACUCACUGAAAUAUUCUUUAAGUUUUAAUGUCUUAUGUUUUAGCAGCAGAGGUUAAAACAAACAGGCGCGUUUCGGUGGCAGCCUUCGUCAGCGUUUGGAGAACAAUAGACAUCCACCUAGAUUGUAGGACUGCUUCUUUCUUUUUUCACAUUCAUUAUUUACAUUCAUUAUUUACAUUCAUUAUUUACAUACAUUUUCUACUGUUUUUCACAAGAGCUGUUAAUCACAGGCAGCAACCUAACAUGAGUUCUUCAUUAAGGCCUCUAGGUCUCUCUGUUUGUAAAGCAUGGAUAUAAUAUGCCUCUCUGUAACAGCAAUAUUUUCUCAAUCACCACCUCUCUUAAGUAUCUGUACAACUUCUAAGCCCUGGGACUUGGCACACAUCAUGUCCGACCGUAUUAAAGUGUCUGGCUACAGGGGACUUCUCAUCAACAAUUCUGAUGUUUCUCUUAUGCUCUGUAAUAUGAACUUUACAUUUUCUGUUAGAUUUUACAACAUAAUAAUAGCCACUUCAGUAAACAGACCACACAUUUCAUUUUCCAGGAAAUUCUACCCCUGACAUACAUUUUCUUUCCCGUAUGAGGAUGAAGAAAGAAAUUACCCUUGAUCAUCGCAUUACAGUUCACACAAUUAUGACAUGGAAAAUUGCCUGAGGGGAGGGUAGAAAAUACUGAAGGGGUACAUAUUCAUCUGCUCAUACCAGUCUGUCCCUUAGGUUUCUAGCACGUUUAAAAGCGAAUCGAGGGAUAUUUUGAAAAGCCCGGUCUACAGAGGGGUCCGUAGACAGAACAUGCCAAUGCUUUUUAAUGGAAUAUUUAACAGCCUGAGAGAUGGAGGAGUAAGUAGACACAUACAGCAGGAAAUUGUUUCUAUCUGUCUUCUUGCGAGACACAGUGGUUUGAAGUCCAUUGUCUUUGUGAACCAGUACAUCCAAAAAAGAAACAGUUUCCUCACUGGAUUCGAGAGUGAAUUUCAUAGUAGGCAAAGUGGAAUUAAUGUACAGUCUGAACUCUUCCAAUUGCUCAUGCCACACUCCAAAUGAAAAAUAAACAUCAUCAAUAUAACUGAACCAAUAUUUCAAAAGGGGGAAAAACGAAUUACCAUUAUAAACAAAAUCUUCAUCAAACUUCCCUAUGAAUACAUUUGCGUAAUUCGGUGCGAAUGGGGACCCCAUCGCAGUGCCCUGUGACUGGAUGUAGAAAUCAUUCUCAAACUUAAAGUCGUUUUUGGUUAACACCACUUGAGCCAGUUCACAUAAAAAGUUAGUGAGGGGCACCUGUUCUUUGUCUCUCUUGUACAAAAAAUAACUAAAAGCAUCAAACCCAUGAGGGGGAUAUUAGUAUAUAAACUGGUCACAUCCAUUGAUAAGAUAUGCUUUAUUAGUCCAUACAAGAUGGAAAAUUGUCUUCUGCUUGUUAUCCAACCGCCCCAAUAUACACACAUUUGGUUGGAUAGGCUGGAGAAGAGGGCAGCCGCAGUGCAAUGAGCAGAUUAGGGGGUUAAGUCCCUCUCUCAAGGGGAUAUCGGCGGUAGGUGGCACCUGAGACAUUGAUGCCAGCAACCCUCUGGUUGCCGCCUCACUCCGGACAGAUUUUUGCCCUCUUCAGUAGUGGGAUUCAAACAGGCAACCGUCCGGAUGCUGGCCCGCUCCUCUAACCUCGAAGCUACCACCGCCCAUUGUCUGUCAGCAAUACCAAGGCAUUGUGCAUAUAACGUCUGAGUCAGCGAUGCCUUGUAUAGAGUUCAGUUUGUUAAGGAAGUCAGUUGUAUCCCUUAAAUAUGAAGGUAACAGCAGGCUUAAUGUGAUAUUCCACACAUGGAGACAAGGCUUCAGUGCCAGCAACAAUGUGACGUCUGGGAACAGGUUCUUGGCAAGGCUUGUGAAUUUUUUGAAUUGUUUAAAACGGAGGUUGGAGAACGUGUUCCUGUAACAUAAAGUUAUACUCAUUUUUUGUUAAAGUGUGAUUGCUGAUAGCAUUGUCCAAAAUAACUUUGAUUUCACCCAUAAACUUGGCGGUAGGAUCACAACUCAAGGGGGAACUCAAGUCUCUGUUGCUCAAUUGAUUCAGUAUUUUUCUUCUAUAUGACUCCUUGUUUUGACGAACAAUUGCGCCCCCUUUAUUUGCAGGUUUGAUAACCACACUGUCAUCUUUGGAUAGGGAGCGUAAAGCUUGCCUCUCACCAAAUGACAGGUUCAAAUGAAAAUUCUGAAACUCAUCAGGAACAAAAAGAGAUGACACAUCCUGGUCAACUAGACGGCAAAAAGUAUCUACAGGAGCAUUCAGAGCAGGGGGGAUGAAAGUGCUCUUCGGUUUAAACCGAAUCGUUGUCUUAGGACUAGUGACGAGAAGUCCCCUGUAGCCAGACACUUUAAUGCAGUCGGACAUGAUGUGUGCCAACUGAGGUUCCAGGGCUUAGAAGUUCUACAGCCACUUAAGAGAGGAAGUAAUAGAGACACAUUGCUGUUACAGAGAGAGGCAUAUUAUAGCCAUGCCUUACGAACAGAGAGCCCUAGAGUCCUUAAUGAAGAACUCCUGUUAGGCUGCUUCCUGUGAGCAAAGGGUGCGCUUUUUAUUUGAUUUAUUUUGGGAUUUUGAAGCUCUUGUGAAAAACAGUAGAAAAUGUAUAAAAAUAAUGAAUGUGAAAAAAGGAGGCAGUACUACAAUGUGACAUCAUCUAUGCAUAUGUGUGUUUGUCUGUUGUUCUCCAAACUCUGACGAAGGCUCCCGCUGAAACGGGUCCGUUUGUUUUGACCUCUGCUGCUAAAGAAUAAGACAUUCAAAUGUAAAGAAUAUUUCAGUGAGUGCAGGUUUUUUCCUUUCUUUCCGGUAUAUGCCUUUUGAUCCCAGCACCCAAAGCUGAGCACACCAUUUUCUCUUUUUAAUAUUGUAACCAAUGCCAGACAUAAUUAACCAUAUAGGCUAUAAAGCAGGGGUCGGCAACAGAGUGAUUUUUUUGUGGGCCACCCAAAGUUUUUUGUAAAGAAAGGAAUCCAUCCCAAAAAAUAUUUAGGAAAUCUGUUCCCAAGUAUUCCCACAAAUAUAAAAAGAGAGAUGAUUGUGUCUCAAUGUAAUCAAGGUAUGAAAUGAUUGUAUUUUGAAAAUAACAAUCUCUUUUGGGGUAGUGGUCAAUUUGCAGUGUACAAAUUAUUAUUAUUAUUCAACAAAAUAAAACCAAUAUUUAAAAAUGCUAAAUCUAUUAUUUAAUUUAGAAACAAAACAUUAAAUGAUUGUCUUCCUGGCUGCAGGUUAAACAAUUUACAGCUGAUUAACCGUCAAGGGGGUAAAUAACAGUGGUUUCCUUGAAAAAGGGAGGAUGUGAGCUUUACAACAAUGCCAGAAGUAUUACUGUACUCCUAAUAUUCACCAAAUAGCUGGGGGGGUUUUUAUUGUAAAAAAGCAACCGCAAUUCGCAUCUGCGGACCGUGGCGCGAGAGGGGCAAGACCGAUAAAUGAAUAAAAGCGGGCAUGGGGACAAUAGAGCUUCUGAUGUGCUCAGAGCAAAAAUAGCCUACAUGAAGGUAAGAGAGAGAGUAAACAUAGUUUCUAGUUGAGGUUAGUUACAAGUCAAGUGUCCUGGCUUCGCAUCAGUUAAAAAGAUUAACGAGUGACUGAAGUGACCGCCUGGGAGCUGUGUGGGCGAGCCGGGCAGAUCAGCUCAAUCAGACCGCGCAACUCAAAGAUGUCAAUUCUGCCAUGAGAGGAUUGCAUGAAAUGGUCUUAAUGCAUGUUUAGGAUUGGAAAAAACAGAUGAAAAUGAGCUUCAUGUCAAAGUCUAUGUCAAUUAGUCUCACGUGGAAUUCUUAUAUACUAUAUAUUAUUAUUUAAUUUUAAUUGAAAACAAAUUUUGGUUGAGGGAAUCUCGCUAUUGUUAUAGUUUGUUGACAAGUAUGUUUACGUCAUAGUUAAUGUUGACAAAAUGAACACCGCGACUUACAGUACAGCUUUGGUAUAUGUAGGUGAUCCCUGCAGGAAUUGAACCCCCGACCAUCAGGGUGAAUGUGUGCACUCAACCAUUAUGACUCCUGUAGGUUCCGAGAUGGGCGUGGCCUGCAGUUCCUGCUCAGCACUCAGAUGGAGAAUCUGACGAAGUCCCAGAAGUCUGUGCAGGACGCGGUGAAGAGGCUGGAAGGCACGCCCUCGGAGGCUGUCAUAGAGGAGACUGUUCUCUGUCACCUCAGACCUGUCCGCCUGCCACUCAAUAAGUAGGCCUUAGACCCUCUCUCAUAUGCAAAAAAAAAAGUUUACUUUUUUUGAAUAAUGCAUGGUAAUUUGACUCUUGUGACUCUUGUAUCUUUCCAGCUGUGUGUUUUGCAAAGCGGAUGAGCUCUUCACUGAUUAUGAGUCCAAGCUCUUUUCACACACGUAAGUAAAAUAAACACAGAUUUACAAUAAAUGUACAAUAAAUCAGCGAAUCUGAAUCAACCUCGUUGCUCUCCUAUAUCUCUAUCUCUGAUAUCUCCCCCUGUCAGGGUAAAGGGUCAGACGGCCAUCUUUGAGGAGAUGAUUGAGGAUGAGGAGGGGCUGGUUGACGACCGUCUCCCCACCACCAGUAGAGGGUUGUGGGCUGCCAGCGAGACAGAGCGGGCCCUGAAGGCCAUUCUCUCCUUCUCCAAGGCCCGGCGCAUGGACCACGACCUGGUGGAAGAAGGAAAUACCUUCAUGGAGCUUUUCGAGAACUGGAAGAAAGAGUACAAGGUAUCCUGACUGACUUACUGUAUGUCUGUAUACAGUGCAUUCGGAAAGUAUUCAGACCCCUUGACUUUUUCCACAUUUUGUUACGUUCCAGCCUUAUUCAAAAAUAACUAUCCUCAUCAAUCUACACACAAUACCCCAUAAUGACAAAGCGAAAACAAGUUUUUAGAAAUUUUUGCAAAUGUAUUAAAAAGAAAAAACAGAAAUACCUUAUUUACAUAAGUAUUGCUAUGAGACUCGAAAUUGAGCUGAGGUGCAUCCUGUUUCCAUUGAUCAUCCUUGAGAUGUUUCUACAACUUGAUUGGAUUCCACCUGUGGUAAAUUCAAUUGAUUAGACAUGAUUUGGAAAGGCACACACCUGUCUAGAUAAGGUCCCACAGUUGACAGUGCAUGUUAGAACAAAAACCAAGCCAUGAGGUCGAAGGAAUAGAGCUCCGAGACAGGAUUGGGUCGAGGCACAAAUCUGGGGAAGGGUACCAAAAAAUUUCAGCAGCAUUGAAGGUCCCCAAGAACACAGUGGCCUCCAUCAUUCUUAAAUGGAAGAAGUUUGGAACCACCAAGACUCUUCCUAGAGCUGGCCACCCGGCCAAACUGAGUAAUCGGGGGAGAAGGGCCUUGGUCAGGGAGGUGACCAAGAACCCGAUGGUCUCUCUGACAGAGCUCCAGAGUUCCUCUGUGGAGAUGGUAAAACCUUCCAGAAGGACAACCAUCUCUGCAGCACUCCACCUAUCAGGCCUUUAUGGUAGAGUGGCCAGACAGAAGCCACUCCUCAGUAAAAGGCACAUGACAGCCCGCUUGGAGUUUGCCAAAAGGCACCUAAAGGACUCUCAGACCAUGAGAAACAAGAUUAUCUGGUCUGAUGAAAUCAAGAUUGAACUCUUUGGCCUAAAUGACAAGCGUCAAGUCUGGAGGAAACCUGGCACGGUACCUACGGUGAGGCAUGAUGGUGGCAGCAUCAUGCUGUGGGGAUGUUUUUCAGCGGCAGGGACUGGGAGACUAGUCAGGAUCGAGGGAAAGCUGAAAAGAGCAAAGUACAGAGAGAUCCUUGAUGAAAACCUGCUCCAGAGCGCUCAGGACUUCAGACUGGGGUGAAGGUUCACCUUCCAAAAGGACAACAACCCUAAGCACACAGCCAAGACAACACAGGAGUGGCUUCGGGACAAGUCUCUGAAUGUCCUUGAGUGGCCCAGCCAGAGCCCGGACUUGAACCCAAUCGAACAUCUCUGGAGACAUCUUGUAGCAUCAUACCCCAGAAGACUCGAGACUGUAAUCGCUGCCAAAGGUGCUUCAACAAAGUACUGAGUAAAGGAUCUGAUUACUUAUGUAAAUGUGAUAUUUCCAUUUUUUUUAUUUGAUACAUUUCCCCCCCCAAAAAACUGUUUUUGCUUUGUCAUUAUGGGGUAUUGUGUUUAGAUUGAUGAGGGGGGGGAAACAAUUUCGUCCAUUUUAGAAUAAGGCUGUAAUGUAACAAAAUGUGGAAAAAGUCACAAAAUGUGGAAAAGUCAAGGGGUCUGAAUAGUUUCCGAAUGCACUGUAGAUUUAAGUCUAGAUAGUACUUAUGCUAUUAAGAACAACUCAAGACUUUACUUCCACAAUUAGUUUCCUAUACUUCCACAAAUGCGAUUCAGGUUACCACAUGUGAACUAAAAUAUAUAUAUAUACUAUGAGUCUUGUAUUUCAUAAAUGCGUAAUCCAAAUCAUAUUGCAUAUCCCCCCUUUGUUUGUCCUCAGGUGUUGCAUGAGUACUGGAUGGUACUUAGGAACAAUGUGUCAGCCAUUGAUGAGCUGGGGAUGGCCACAGAGAGGCUGCGUGUGAGGCUGCCUGAUGAACCCAAACCCAAAGUACCAGUACUGCACAUCAUAGAGCCACACGAGGUGAGAUAGCUACACCAGGGGACGAGGUGGGGACUGGGGCUGCAGGUUAAAGGACUGCUGGUUCAAGUUCUAUUUGACAUUCUUUUACCUUUUUUAGUUUUUAUGCAUGACAUAUGAUGUAAUUAAAGAUUGAAAGACUGUGAUUCAGUGUAAUUUCAUUUAAUUAAAAAUGUGCGAUUUACUCUGUAUAAGGACAAAGUUAUUACUGCUGUUAUCUCAGUGCCUAUUUCACUAACUGCUGUUUUCUGGUCAUUCUGGGUGUAGGUGGAUCAGAACAGAGUGAAGCUGUUAAACGAUAGAGCGGUGGCAAAGUCUCAGCUCCAGAAGAAGCUGGGCCAAUUCCUUUAUCUCUCAAAUCUAGAGAAGGUAAGCCUGCCAUUCGCCUGUGGCCAUUUUAGGGUUUCUGGUCAAUACCAGAGUUUCUCUUCCUAUGCUUUAAAAUGUAAUAGCAGUGGUUUGUUUUUGUCGAUUGGUUUUGUCUUGUCUUCUUUGAUUUAGAUGUCAAACUAAUUUUGCCCCGGGGGCCGCAUUCGGUCUUCAAGAGGUCUGGAGGGCCGCACUGAAAAUGUGUUAUAUUUCCUCUCCAUCAAAAUGUGCAAAAGAUAGUCCUCUAUCCAUCGUUUUUAGAAUUUUCUGAUACUCCCUGACUGUCUAGCUUUAAUUUCGGUGAUUAUUAGCAAGCUGGACACAGUCAAGAAACGGUAUAAAUGUAGGACCAUUAUAAUUUCUACACAGUUUCGAUUUGGUUUUAGUAAUUUUAAAGUACUGAGUUCGUUUCCCCCACAAUUUCUGUUGUUUUGUUUUUAUAUUUUACUCAAACCACCCGCGGGCCGAAUUGUUGCCCCUCACAGGCCGGAUCCGGACCACAGGCCUUAUGUUUGACACCCCUGAUUUAGAAGAAGUGUGCUACAUGCUGUAAUGAAACAAAGCUAAAGGUAAAUGUUUGUGUUCUUGUGUUGUUUCAGUCCCAGGACAAGGCGACAGGAGGACUAAACCCAGAACCAUGUCCUAUCUGUGCCCGUCCUCUAGGUCAGGAGGUGAGACGUUAUAAUCUGCCCGUUUACAACCCUGGUCUGUUCAAUCUGAUUCCCCUUUAGACAAGUGUUUCUAUCUGUGUCUGUGUCCCCCAUUCUACCUCUUCAUCUUACCACUCUUUGAAAUAUAAAAUGUUCUGAACUGUGAUGCUUGGUAAGUAUGCGUAAUACAUACUGUACCUUAUCAUGGUUGAUUCAUGCCGUGUGUGUGUCUCUCUCUGAAUCCCUCUGCUCCAGUGGGCGGUGCUGACCUGCGGUCACUGUUUCUGUAACGAGUGCAUCGCCAUCAUCGUAGAGCAGUACAGCGUGGGGUCGGGCACGCGGCGGAGGGCCAUCAAGUGUGCCAUCUGCAGACAGACCACGUCCCACGCAGAGAUCUCCUAUGUCUUCACCACCCAGACAGACAACCAGGGGACAGACAUCCCUGUCAAGGUACACAGACAGACGCACACCUUUGCCAAGCAUGUAUAUGAACAAUAAGUUAACUUCCUGUAUCUGUGUCUCUUAGGGAAGCCACUCUACCAAGGUGGAGGCGGUAGUCAGGACUCUGAAGAAGAUCCAGCUAACUGACCCAGGAGCCAAGUGUCUCGUCUUCUCCACGGUAACGCAUGUGUAUUUUGUGAACAAAGUGUAAACAACAACAGAGUAAACAAACUGCCAUCAUUGCACUUAUUGUGACGGUCAUUUAUUGUGAUACAAAUCAUGACAAUGCUGUUUAAAACAUCACAUUAGGAUGAUGUUGAUGAUGUGUGUGUUCCUUUUCUCCAGUGGCAGUGUGUGUUGGACAUCAUUGCCAAGGCUCUGUUUGACAACAACAUGGAGUUCUCUCAAAUCAACGGCAUUCACAAAUUCCAGGUUUAUGUUGCAUGUCACUCCAAUCAUAGUUUCCGUACAACUUCUCAAUGGCACAAUCGCAAUGCUUUUCUCCUAAAUUAAGUAUAUAUUUUUUACUUGUAGAGCGAGAGCUGCCACUGAGAAGCUUUUUUCCCCUAACUGUCGCAGCAUCUCUCAUUUCCAAAUUCAAAUUUGCUCCAAUUAUUAAGUCCACCCUGCUUGCUUGCUGUUACUGUACGCCUUGUUCUCCGCGUCUUUAACCUGUGAAUUGGUCGUUGGUGUUUCAGGAGAAUCUGUGUUCGUUUAAAUACGAGGAGAAGAUCAACAUCUUGCUCCUUCCUCUCCACACGGGCUCCAAUGGGCUCAACAUCAUUGAGGCUACGCACGUCCUAUUGGUGGAGCCCAUCCUCAACCCCGCCCACGAGCUGCAGGCCAUUGGCCGGGUGCACCGCAUUGGACAGACCAAGUGAGAACACUGGGGUUGCUUUAUUACUUGUUAUAAGUGUGUAUAGGCCAUUAUGUCUCAUUAUAAGGUUUAUAACAUGUUAUUUCUCUGUUCUCUAGACCCACCUAUGUCCAUAGAUUCCUCAUCAAGUCCACUAUUGAGGAGAGAAUGCAGGCGAUGUUGAAGACUGCAGAGAAAUGGUGAGGGCCUUUUCUUGUACUGAAAACAGAGGCCAAUGUUCUAAAAAUGAUUUUAAACAUUGUUGUCCUAACACCACAGUCACAGUGUGACUAAGUUAGUUCUGAACAUUGUAAAUGUUGUCAUACCACCACAGCAGCCACAGUGCGACUGCCAUGAAGCACUCGGAGGCUGCAGUCCUGAUGGUAGCUGAUCUGGCUGAUCUCUUCACCGAGGACAGCGAGGCUCUGGAGUAAACCAUGCCACUACCGCACCAGGCCCUGGAGUGAAGCUGAACCUGUCCACCAAGCCACUACAAUACUAAUCCUAACCCCAUCGGGCUACAGCCACAGACGAGGCUGUCGUACAGAUAAACAGGCUCAAAGCUAAGCGCACUGCAUCCAGCACACAGUUUUGAUAGUAGACCAAGCAAGUCUUUCAUUGAUAGUAGACGAACAAUGAUAUUACACUUAGACCCAAUGGAAUCGUUGUUUUGCAUAUUCCACUUUUUAUGUAGCUGUUCCAAUGGCGUCACAUAGUUAUAUGGAUUAAAAAGAAAACGUAGAAAAAGGAAGCUGUAAGUAAAGUACCAAAUAUCACUUUGUGUCUUUUAAACUAUUUAAAGUGACAGUUUAAUGGUCUUGUUAGAUCUCUCUCUCUGGUACAGUAUAUUUAGUUCUCUUGUUGCCACAGAUUGGAAAACUGUGAGGUUUUUAAUGGGUGUAUAUAUGUCUCCCAUCAACACACUCAGAUUCCACCUCAUUCUGAUGAGUAACUGCUUUUAUGAUUCCAUUUGAGUAGAUUUCACUGAAAUGUUGUGAUGUCGUACCUCUCUGUAUUCCCUCUGCUCACAAUGCAUCUAACAGUAGGUCAUAUAUUAUGUUAAUAGACAUCAAACAUGCUCCUUCUCCACAUGUUGAUAUUCUGAUGAGGGAAAAACAUUCCAGAUGAUGUAAUCACUGUGGUGAUUGGUUGAGGUAUUCCAUCCCUUUUUAAAGAAUAAAAGGCUGACAUAGGAC